UCGAACCAGGAUGUGCGGGACACAUUUGGAGCAGGCAAAUCAAGGAGGUGGAAGUGUUAAUCAACUGGGCGGGACGUUCCUCAACGGCAGACCUCUCCCGGACUCCAAGAGGAGGAAAAUGGUGGAGCUGGCCUCGGAGGGGGUGCGACCGAGUCAAAUCUCGAGGAUUCUGCGGGUGUCAACAGGCUGCGUGAGUAAAAUCCUCAGCCGCUACCGCCUCACCGGCCUCGUCCAGCCCAAGACAAUCGGCGGGGGCCGGCGCCUCCUCAUGCCCGCUGUCAUUGCCGCCAUCGUACAGCACAAGCGGGACAAUCCGUCCAUUUUCGCCUGGGAGAUCAGGAAAAGCCUGCUGGCCGCCAGGAGCUGCAAGGCCUCCAGAGUUCCCAGCGUGUCGUCCAUAAACCGGAUUUUAAGGAGGCUCCCCUUGGAGCAGGAACCAUGGAGCGACACACAAUGGAGGGCUGAACACAGUUUUUACACCACCAAAGAAGAAGAAUCCAGUCCGCGCAAUCCCAAAGGUGCCCACCAGAGAAUCCGGACCACUUUCACGCCAGAGCAGAGCAAAGUCUUGGAAGAAGAGUUUUCCCACAGCCAGUACGCUGACGUGUACACAAGAGAGAAACUCUCAGCCCAGACCCGACUUCCCGAGGACACCAUCAAGGUGUGGUUCUCAAACAGACGCGCCAAAUGGAGGAGGCAAGUCCAACAAACUGCCGUAUGUCCCAAUGUGCAAAGGAGCGCCCAAACUCCACAGAUGACGACUGGGCCAUCAUACUACGGCGCAUAUCGGAUGCUUCCCAGCGGUGACGCAGGUUUCGGAUGUUCCACGUGCAUCUCCGGCAGUGCCUCCGGGGUCCCCUCACUUCCUCAGCAGCACCCCAAAGGCGCCAGGGCGUGCAACACCACAGCGGACUUCAACGUCACCUCUUCCGCGCCGCACAAGAUAAGGCCUGGAUUUAACCUGCAGCACCACCUGCAGGAAGAACACAGAUCACACUUAUCUGCCUCAAUGAUUUUGCAAUCAUUUCAAUAAAAUGUGUUUUUGUUUUGUUUU